AUGCUGCGGGUUGACCUGUCGAGCCCCCGCCCUGCCACGGCGAGCAGCGCAUGGCCCCCCCCGCUCUCGGUUCUCGAGCCGGCGCCGCGGCCGCUGCUUUUUUGUCUCUUCCGCUGCGAGCCUGGGGCCGCCGCCUCCCUGCCGCGGGUCGCCUCCGCCCGCCCACCGCCGCGGGCGGAGCCCGUGGGCGAGCAGCUUCGCAGCUCGCAGCUGUGCGCUGGCUGCGUGCCGUGCCGACGCGGCGGCGGCGACCCUUGGCGCGGUGGCGCUCGAGGCGGAGCGCGGCGCGGCGGCCCAGGGCCGGCCGGCAGGCAGAGCUCCGGCGACGCAGCAGCCGCCGACCGCCCAGAGGUCGAAGGCUCCACGCGGUGUCCGAAGACCCAAGUCGAGGUCGCUAGGCGCUAG